UCAAGAAACCCCGCAAUCAAUCAAGCCUCCUCCUCCUCCCCAGACCAGACGACCCCACCUCCCCCACCACAACAAAAGCAAAAGGGAAAAAAAAAUAACAAAUAAAAUGGCCCCUCUAACGCCAACCUGGACACAACCCUCGCACCCCUUGAUCCAAGAAGUGCUCAUCGGAUCGUCGCCCACCGAAGAGUUCAGCACCAAAUCUAUCUCGCGCGUCGCGCUGCCGCCCGAUGCCGUGUUUGCGGAGCUGAGCUUCCCGCCGUGUACGAAGGCUGAGAGGCCGACGUAUGCGACGGUGCAGAUGGGCAGGGAUGAGCAUUUGGAUUUGAAUUCGGAUUUGUUGUAUAUUAAUCAUUCGUGUGAACCGAGUCUUAUCUUCGACACCACAGCACUCCAAGUACGCGUCGGGCCUCGCGGCCUGCGACCGGGCGACGAACUAACAUUUUUCUACCCUAGCACCGAGUGGGCCAUGGCUCAAGGCUUCACAUGUUUGUGCGGCGCCGCCACAUGUCGUGGGUAUAUCGCGGGUGCUAGGGAUAUGACAGAGCAGCAGCUGCGUGGCGUGUGGUUGAAUAAACAUAUUCGUGAGAUGAUCGCGGAGCGGGAUGGGACGAAGAAAUGGAAGGGUGCUAGGAGGGAGGGUUUAGGAAGUAGAGAGAUGAGUGGAGAGAUGGGAGGAGAUACGAGGAGAGGAGUCACGAGUCGUGAGUUGAGCGGGGAGAUGGGUGGUGAUACUUUGGUUUAGAUAUCGAAGGAGAGGGGGGGGGUGUAUGCGCUUUAGAAUCAGGGGUUUCAACAGCUAGGGGAGCGUUUGUGUUGUGUUGUGUUGUGUACGUGGGGGAUCUCAACAUCCUCAUUGCUUUCUGUCUGUUCCUUUGC